GUGAAAACAGGAAGGGCAGCGCGCUGUACAGCCCGGGCAGAUGAGAGGGACACUUCCUUGUAGGAGCGCUGCUGGGCAGACCCCCCGCCUCUGAGCCGCACAGUUAUGUGCUUGGUGCUGCACCGGGGACACCAGCAGGAAACUACCGGCCCCGAGUCGCCGUCGGACAUUUUUUCGGAGGAGAGAUGAAGUGCAGCCGCCUUUGUACCAUCUCCAUAUAGUGUAAACAUAUAUAAAGGAUAGCUAUUGGACUAGAAGAUUGUGAAAAAUGGAUCGCAGGGGGAGUUCUGAUUAUAGAAGUCUCCCUGAAUAUGAGAAGAGCCAGAUUAAGAGAACCCUUGAGCUGGGCACAGUCAUGACUGUCUUCAACUACAAGAAGUCACAGCCUGAUCGAAGGACCAUCCAAGUGAUAAUGGAAACUGGCCAGGUGGCGUGGUGUAAGACAAAUGAUAAGAUUGAAGGAUUCUUGGACCUAAUGGAAAUAAAGGAAAUUCGUCCAGGGAAAAAUUCAAAGGAUUUUCAACGUGGAAAAUGUGACCGUUGUAAAGAAGACGUUUGCUUCACUAUUUUUUAUGGGAACCAAUUUGUUCUGAAUACUUUGAGUUUAGCAGCCGAUUCAGUUGACGAUGCUGAAAAAUGGAAAUGUGGUUUAACUAUCUUACUUGAAGAAGUUGCUUCUGCCUCAACACCAGCAAUAAUUGAAAGUUGGCUGAGAAAACAGAUAUACUCUGUGGAUCAGACUAGAAAGAACAGUAUUAGCUUCCGGGAACUGAAGACCAUUCUUUCACAGGCCAACUUCAAAGCUAAUAGCAUGAGAGUGCUGAAGGACAAGUUAACGGAGAUUGGCAUUCAAAGGGAUGAUAUUAGUUUUGAACAUUUUCACGUAUUCUACAAAAAGCUCAUGUUUGAACAGCAGAAGAUGAUACUGGAUGAAUUUCGGAAGGAUUCUUCAGUGUUUAUUUUGGGAAAUGUUGACCGCCCAGAUGGGUCAGCUGUCCACCUGCAUGAUUUUCAAAGGUUUCUAGUGCAUGAGCAACAGGAAUCCCCAGCUCAAGAUCUCAGUAAGGUUCGUGAACGGAUGACAAAAUUUGUAGAUGAUACUAUGAGGGAAACAGCUGAACCAUUUCUUUUUGUGGACGAGUUCUUGACCUACUUAUUUUCGAAAGAAAACAGCAUUUGGGAUGAGAAAUAUGACACGAUCAGUGUUCAAAAUAUGAAUAAUCCUCUUUCACAUUACUGGAUUGCUUCCUCACAUAAUACGUAUUUAACAGGGGACCAGCUGCGGAGUGAAUCAUCUACUGAAGCAUAUGUGCGCUGUCUGCGCAUGGGAUGCAGGUGCAUUGAAUUGGACUGCUGGGAUGGACCUGAUGGAAAGCCAAUUAUUUAUCAUGGAUGGACACGAACAACAAAAAUUAAAUUUGAUGAUGUGGUACAGGCUAUUAGGGACCAUGCAUUUGCUACAUCUGAGUAUCCAGUUAUCCUUUCUAUAGAGGAACAUUGCUGUGUUGAACAACAGAGACACAUGGCCAAAGUUUUUAAAGAAGUAUUAGGAGAGCUUCUUUUGACUAAACCAAUAGAAGCUACUGCCGAUCAGUUGCCUUCUCCCACACAACUUAAAGGGAGGAUCAUUAUUAAGCAUAAAAAACUGGAAACAAAGAAUCCUGGGACAAACACUGAGAAUCAUAAAGAAGAACAAAAUCUUCAGGGUGAGCUGUACAUGUGGGAUGGUAUUGACCAGAAAUGGUCUUCUCGUUACUGUGCUAUUGCUGGUGAUAAAUUAUCUUAUGGAGAUGAAAUUGAACAGACUGAAGACAGCGCAGCACCAAAGAGAACAAUAGAUUUACAUCUACAAGAGAAAUGGUUCCACGGGCGAAUGUAUAAUGGGCGUUUCAUGGCGGAAAAGCUACUUCAGGAGUAUUGUGCAGAAGUGGGAGGCAAAGAUGGGACUUUCUUAGUACGACAAAGUGAAUCUUAUCGUGAUGAUUACACACUCUCUUUCUGGAGGUCAGGCAGGGUCCAACACUGCCGUAUUCGUUCCUGUACAGAUGGAGAAAUCAUAAAGUAUUUCCUGACCGACAACCUAAUGUUUGAUAGUAUCUAUGAUUUGAUUCAACACUACAAAGAGUACUCAUUGCGCUGUGCAGAAUUUGAGCUGCGACUAACAGAUGCUGUUCCUCAACCCAACCCUCACUUAUCCAAAGACUGGUACUAUGAUAACCUCAGCAGAGGAGAGGCAGAAGAUAUGUUAAUGAGAAUCCCUCGGGAUGGGGCCUUUUUAAUAAGAAGAAGAGAGGAACAAGAUUCCUAUGCAAUUACUUUUAGAGCUGAAGGGAAAGUGAAGCACUGUAGAAUACAAAGGGAUGGACGCAUGUUUGUACUAGGAACUUCUGCAUACUUUGAAAACCUUGUGGAACUUGUCAGCUAUUACCAGAAACACCCGCUAUACCGAAAAAUGAAACUACGCUAUCCAGUUACAGAAGAGUUACUUCAGAGAUAUAGCACAGAAAAGGAUUUAAGUGCCAUAUAUGAUGUAAAGAAUAAACUGUAUGUCAAUCCUGAAGAAAUUUCUCCAGCAAUGCCCCAAGGAACAGUGAAAGCUUUGUACAACUAUACAGCUGUAAGAUCAGAUGAGCUGAGCUUCUGCACAGGUGCCCUGAUUCAUAAUGUCUCAAGGGUCUCUGAAGGAUGGUGGAAAGGAGAUUAUGGAGACAAGAUACAGUAUUUUUUCCCCUCAAAUUAUGUGGAGGACAUAUCAAUGAAUGCUUCUGAAAUAAUUGCAAAUCAGCUUAUUGAAGACAGUCCAUUGGGGUCCAUGUGCAGAGGUAUCCUGGAAAUGGGAUCAUAUAAUAUCAGGAAGUUGCUUAAUGGAAAAUAUAACAAACAGUUUGUUUUGUCCCUGGAAUCCAAGAAUCCAGAAGAGCCUACUGUAGAUUUUGCAGCAGAUACAAUAGAAGAGUUUUUUGUGUGGUACAAACACAUCCAACAGAUUGAACAGAAAAAGGGAGCAGAGGACUUUGAAAAGGGAACACUGGAGAAGCAGCAAGAGAUUGCCCGAGAAUUAUCUGAUCUGGUUAUGUACUGUAAGCCCAAAAGUGAAGCUAAGGAGAAAUUAGAGUCGCCGGAUUUUCGGGAAAUUCGAUCAUUUGCAGAGAAUAAGGGAGAGAGUAUUGCUCGACAAAAAUCCAUUGAGUUGUUGCGGUAUAACCGUAAAGCCUUUACGCGAAUCUACCCUAAGUCCUCAAGAGUUGACUCUUCAAACUAUGACCCCCUACCCCUAUGGCUCUGUGGAGACCAGAUGAUUGCACUAAAUUACCAGACUCCAGAUAGGUACAUGCAAAUAAAUAAUGCAAUGUUCGCUUACAAUGGAGAAUGCGGCUACAUCCUGCAGCCAGAGUGUAUGAGGGAAGAGUCAUAUGACCCCAGUGACUCUAGAAGACAGCUCCAAAUGAUUGUGACAAUUAAGGUCUUAGGAGCUCGACAUUUGCCAAAACCAGGGAGAGGUAUUGCAUGCCCUUUUGUAGAAGUGGAGGUAUGCGGUGGGGAAUAUGACAACAAUAAGUUCAGAACAAUUGUUAUGAAUGAUAAUGGCCUCAACCCUGUAUGGUCAGGAAGUUCUCAACAGGCUGAGUUUGAGAUCCAUGAGCCUGAGAUUGCCUUUCUGAGGUUUGUAGUAUAUGAAGAAGAUAUGUUCAGUGACCCCAACUUCUUAGCUCAGUGCACCAUCCCAGUUAAAUGUUUAAAAACAGGUUAUAGAUCAGUUCCACUAAAAAACGGUUACAGUGAAAACCUAGAGCUUGCUUCUCUGUUGGUUUAUUGCCAAAUACAAAAAGAUCUGGAAAAAGUAGAAGAACUGUACUCUUCAUCAAAGCAACUCCGCAAGCGCCAGACAGACCUGACCAAUGAACUGUUUCUUUACGACACUCACCAAAACAUGAGACACCCCAGUCAUGAGGCAUUUGUGAACGACAGUAAAGGGAAUGCCAGUCCAGAGGUGUCCAACAGGAGGUUAAAGGAAAGACAGAUCAGUAACAGCAAAUUCUACUCAUAAAGAAAAUUUGCAAAGUCUUUUUGCCAUAAGGACCUUGUAAUGGAGAAACUGGAAGGAGCACUUUUCAUAAAAGAAUGCCUUUGACAAUUUAUAGAUGUUUACUGAUUGAUACUGAUGUUCUACAAUUGCUAUGGACAGUUGGGAGUGCAAAUUUUAUAGAGAAAUGCUUUGCUGCCUGUCAUCUGAAGAUACUAAAAUACAUAUAUUAAGAGAGCUUCCUUAAGAAAAUGCCAGAACACUGACUGGCUUGACAGAAAUUGGAUUUUGUUUACCCUAUAUUUAGACAGUUGCCUCUUUUUAUUUAAAUAAGUUAGUCACUGUGCUCACUGGAUAACUUCACUUUCUUCAUUGUUUAUGGUGCUACAAUUUGAAGUAGCGGUAAACAGUUAAAAUAUUAUUCAUAAGUUAAGUUACGUGUCCGGCUAUAAAAUCGGCUAAGCCAAGCAUUGUUAACAGCUUAUCAUAAAAUGUUCACUAUUGGAACAAUGUUUGUAUUCAUCCAAAUAACCCUGUACAUUGCCCAAUCUACUGAACUGAGAUGUAUUUAUUUCCAUCAACAACCAACAGGAUAACUUUGGAAAGUGCAAACUUUGAAAAGCACCCAAUUCAAUGGAAUCCAACAAUUGUUCAUGAGUAUACCUGGAAUAAGUGUCAGUUGUGGAUCUAUCCUUUGAAGAAACAGCUCUAGAAGCACCACGGACAGCCAGAGAGUAUCAUACAACUCAGUCUUUAUUCAUAUCCUUUAAAACCCAGGACGCCUGACGCGUUUCGUGCGCAUGCGCACUUAAUCAUAGGCAUCAGUUGUGGAUCUAAUGAUAAUGAAAAUAAUACAUUUGCUGGUCUGCAUUCUGAUACCAUUCUGCUAACCUGGACAUACUGUAUCACUGACAUUACAAAGAGGGAGAAAUCAUGAUGGUAGUAUGUGGGGGAGAAUUAGCAUUGCUUUAUAUAAGUGGUGCAGUCAAAUGACACUUUGCUGGAGUCUUUACCUGCCACCCAACCCAACCCACACAAUACAUCAACAGGUAAAGUUGCCAUUUGCCUUAUUAAGGGAGGGAUAAAGGAUUUUUCUGGGUUGCCAUUUGCUGUUGGUUUUACUGUUACUUCCUCACCCAAUGCACAUAGGGUAGGGAAUAAAGGUAACCAGAAUACUAGGGGGGCACGUGUCACGGCAGUUUAGUAGAAUGGGAUAUAGACUUAUUACACAUAAAAAAAAAUAUUUUGGGCGCUCUGUAUGUGCUCUCUGAGUUUAGUCUGAAUCCAGCCCUUUAUGUGGCAUGGACAAGAUAUCUAUUGCAGUUCUCAUUUUAAUGUUAUUGUAGACUGUUAAUUAUACAAAUGUUUGGCCAGUUUACCCAUGCCUCUGUGUGCGUUUGCUUUUUAUCACAUGAAAUCAACAUGCAAUUCUAGUUUGUGUAACAAUGAGUGUGCUCUAUAAAUGUUGCAAUAUAUCCAAAUGUCUUAUUCAAAAUUGUUUAAUUCACGCUUAAGGAAUUUAAUAAAGUGUUAGAGGAUCAACAAAACUCAAAUAUGACAGUUUUAAGGCCCAGAUUUACAGCUAAUUAUGGCACAGAGUACAGCAGUAAAGGGGGAUGCCAGCACCAGCUAAAUCGCUUCACCUAGCAUUUAUAUUUUACCAGCCAGAGAGAAAUCCCCAUGCCCUCUAGGCAGUGCUAGAUGCACCCGUUGUCAUCACAACAAGCAUCACCUCCAUAUUAGCAGUGCACUUGGCAUCUCCUAUAUCCAAUGUGGAGCUAUUCUGAACAUCUAAUGUCAGCGAGUUAAAAUUUUUCAGAGCCACUUGCUUCCAGUUAUUACUAUGUUGAUAUUGAUCAGUAUAAUAUAUUAGCACAAAUGUGUCCAUUAUGGAAGCAGAGGGUGCUGUAAUGUCAUAUUAGGUAACUCAGUCUUCAGUGGUAUUACUAAUACAGUAAAUAUAGAAAGCAGACCCCAUGGUUGUGGGGGGCCUGAACUGCAAGGUAUGCUUCCUCCAUAACUCUAGAGACCCCCCUUCCUGGCCACUCUCCUACCCAAAAGGUGGCAGGAAGUAAGGUAUACUAGAUAGUGGAGCAGUUAGGGGUUGCCACUGAAUAUUUACACCACUGGGAAUUACCCUCUGUAGACUAUGCCUAAGUAAUGGCUGAAGAAUAAGGGAACUUAAUUAAAAUAUAUUACACUUGCCCAGUGUUGUAUGUUGUGCUUUUUUGCAUCUCUUUUUAUGAAUAUUUUAUGAAAAUGCACAAGCAAAAAUAAAUAAAUCAUUGUAGUGAGUUUCA